AUGCGCGCUCUUAAUUCAUCCAACAAUGUUAGGCCUGUAUUUUCAUUCAUCCAAGGCCAAGCCAAAGCCGCAACGAAUCGAUCACUGAGCUGGACAAAAUUCCGAGCCAGCAACCUGAACGAACGCGGCCACUCGACCGCUCCCUCACACGGCAAAGCUCAGAAAUCCAAGCCUUUGAACCCGCGUCUGGCAAAUACCACGUCGACCAGCACCAAUGAUUUCCCCAAAGCCGCCGCGAAAGUAGAGUCCCCGGAGCUGGUUACAGCAGCGAAUCAAGAAUAUCAACGGCGCGAUGCGGUUCCGGGAAAUAUGGAGAAUAUGACAGGCGGGGCUGUGAAAACUAGAGAUGGGAGAAAACCUGAGCUGGGCGUUGGAGAGAUGGAUGGGAUCACGUUUAGGGUUGAGCCGCUGAAGAGAGAUGGAGAGGAUAUCAUGACAAUGAGAGCUAGGUUGCUGUAUCAAAGUCGCAAGCGAGGCAUUCUAGAGUCCGACCUUCUCCUCUCGACUUUUGCAUCCCGGCAUCUCCCAACCAUGACAGAACGACAACUGCAGGAAUAUGACAAGUUUCUCGACGAGAAUGACUGGGAUAUCUACUACUGGGCAACUCAAGAGGCGAAAGACCCGUCAAUGACAGAUAGUGCUAAUUCGUCUCCUGCACCAAAUUCAUCCGCAAAGCCAGUGAAGGAUACGCCGACGGAAACGUGGAAGAGCGGGGCUGCAAAGAGUGGGGAAUGGGCGCAGACUGUAGGUGCUUUUAAACCUGCAUAUAGACCUGUCCCGCAGCGGUGGAAAGACUCUGAGAUCCUGGCUCAGUUGAGGCAGCAUGUGUACGAGAAGAGUGCGCAUGGGGUACAAGAGGUGAAGGGACAGACCCACAGCGGAGGAGGCUUAGGACAGAUGCCUGACCUGUAUAAAAGCAGCCCAUGA